AACAAAAUUUGAGGAAUUUUUUUCAAAGAUGAUAAGCCAGACGGCGGUUCUGAAUAUAAACCUCUACAUCUCUGCAAAACCCGCGGUAAUGAUUUCACAUAUCUAAGCCAGGACAAAUGAGCACCGCAGCUAUGCUUUCUACCCAGAUUUGUCGCUCAUCCUAUGUCAAAACCCCCACUUUAUGCACACUCUCUACUUCUUCAUAUUCUAUCUCCACCACCACAAACAUUAACUUCUCAUGGAUUCACCAACUGGGUCCCACUUCUUUCUCUCAGUGGAGUUGUUUGAGGCCUUUGGGUACCUCAAUCUCACAACUUCGUUUUGUAAAUGCAGAAAAGAGAAGAAAAUUUAAAAGAAAGGGUGUGUAUGCAUCUUUGUUUGGAGUUGGAGCUCCUGAAGCUCUGGUUAUUGGAGUUGUGGCUUUGUUGGUUUUUGGUCCGAAAGGUCUUGCUGAGGCUGCUCGAACACUAGGAAAAACAGUACGAGCAUUUCAGCCUACAAUUAAGGAACUUCAGGAUGUUUCAAGGGAGUUCAAGAGCACACUUGAAGCUGAAAUUGGUCUUGACGAUAUUCGGAAUCCAAUCCAGAGUACAACCAACGUAAAGACAAAUCCUUUGGAGAAAAUCACUGCAGAGGAUUCUCAGAUGAAGGUUGACCCUAUGACAGAUGGUUCUCCAUCUACGAAGAAAGCAUACUCCAGUGAGGACCUGCUGAAAAUCACGGAAGAGCAGCUAAAAGCAGCUGCCACUGUGGAGCAGAAACAAAUAAUUGCACCUGGAGAAGACCAGUCUGAAGCCCAAACUCGGCCUCAAGAUACUGUUCAAGAAGAUGCAACAGAGGGGCCUCCAUCUCUGCCCCAGGAGUCCAAAAGUGAAACAUGAUACAGCAUGAGAAGAAGGAUAUUUCCCAAUAAGGUAGCAAAGUUUGCAUCACAUUUUGAAUUAUAAGUUCGUAUGAUCUAUCAUUGCAAAAGUGAUAUGUAUUUAGGAGUUGUCUAUUCUGUAACCUUGUCAAUGUAGUUUGAUGUGUUGUGUUCGUUUUAAGGGUCAUAGAACAGAUAUGCUUUGCGUUGGUAACUUACUCUGAUGUCUGCUUCUUAUAUAUACCUGAAGGCAACUAUUGUUACCCUUAAAUCUUAAUAUUAUUAAUUCCAGGGGGUUAAAUAUUUA